GUCGAUUGACGAUAAAGUGAGCGAAGGACGACACAAACAUGCAAGUUUUUGUUAAGACGCUCACCGGUAAGACUAUAACCCUCGAGGUUGAGUCUCAAGACACCAUUGACAAUGUCAAGACCAAGAUCCAAGAUAAGGAAGGUAUUCCUCCAGACCAGCAACGUUUGAUCUUUGCUGGUAAGCAACUCGAGGAUGGCCGUACUCUCUCAGACUACAACAUCCAAAAGGAGUCUACCCUCCACUUGGUCUUGCGUCUCCGUGGUGGUGGUAAGAAGCGUAAGAAGAAGGUUUACACCACCCCAAAGAAGAUCAAGCACAAGCGCCGUAAAGUUAAGAUGUCAAUCUUGAAGUACUACAAGGUUGAAUCUGACGGUAAGGUCAAGCGUCUUCGCAGAGAGUGCCCAGCUCCAGAAUGUGGUGCUGGUGUCUUCAUGGCAUGGCACCACGACCGUCAAUACUGCGGUAAAUGCGGUCUUACCUACACUUUCGAGCCAGGUACUAAGCCACCAGCAUAAAUUCUUUAAAAAUAAAUUAAUUUUU